AUGACGAAUCCGAAUUCAGAAGGCCAGGAGCAGAUUGACCUGGCAGAUUACAUCUUCAAAAGGCUGGUCCAGCUCGGCCUUGGAUCUGUUCACGGAGUCCCUGGAGACUAUAAUCUCACCAUUCUCGACCGAGUCAAGCCGGCAGGCCUCACCUGGGUUGGAAAUGCAAACGAGCUCAACUCAGGCUAUGCUGCCGACGGCUAUGGAAGAAUCAAGGGAAUAGCGGCCAUGUGUACCUCUUACGGCGUUGGGGAUCUCUCCGCCAUCAACGCAAUUGGAGGCGCGUAUGGUGAAAAAUCUCCCAUUGUGCACCUUGUUGGAACACCCCUUACGGCUGCUCAAGAGUCCGGCGCCUGCUUGCAUCAUUCUUUGGGUGACGGCAAUCUCAGAGUUUUCUCGGACAUGAACAAGUGGGUGACCGUGGCUCAGGCUAAUCUAAUAGAUAUUGACACGGCACCGGCUUUGGUUGACGCAACUCUUAAAGCUUGCGUCUUGAAUAGCCGUCCCGUGUAUAUCGAGCUUCCCACCAACUUGGUCCAUGCUAAAGUGCCCGCCCCUACGUCACCCAUCGACCUUUUAGUGCCCGGAUAUGACGAAGGGCACGAGGCCAAAAUCGUGGCCUCCAUCGUAGAGGCAAUUCAUAAGUCGACAAAGCCGGUGAUUCUCGUGGGAGGAUUGGCCGCUCGCUUCGGAGUAACUGAAGAAAUAAACGAGUUUGUGCGGCUGACUGGCAUCCCCACGGUUUCUAUGACUUUUGGGAAGGGCAUCGUCAACGAAAGUCUACCAAACUAUCAGGGCGUUUACAUUGGAGCUGUUGGAGACGCGGUUCUCAAACAGCAAGUCGAUGGUGCCGAUCUUAUCUUGGAUUUCGGUCCUCUGCAUUCUGAUGUCAAUACCUUUGGGUUCACGGCUGCUCCCAAGGCAGAUAUUACCAUUACUAUCGACCAGGACUCGGUGAGGUUUUUUGGCCAGAAUCCUGAUGCCUCCGGCCGCUUCUUUUCCCCCAAGUCGUUCAUGAACAAGCUUCUGAAGAAUAUCAGCGCAACAAAGCUGCCUACCUAUCCGUUCAAUCGUGGCCCGUCUUACCCGCCUCAUCUGCUUCAAAAUCUCAAGCCUUCCCCCGACAAUGCAAUAAUUGAUCACGAUGCAUUUUGGUUACGAAUGUCUAAAUAUCUUCGAUCUGGAGAUAUUAUCAUUGUGGAAGCCGGAACAGCCAUUGCUGGCGCUUGUACGCUGAUAUUACCAGACAAUGUUACCUUUGUGAACUCAGGUCUAUGGCUUUCUAUCGGCUAUACGCUCCCAGCGUUGCAAGGAGCCGCUCUAGCUCGUCGAGAGCAGCGCAGGGAUGGUUCCAUGGAGGCCGCGGGGUGUUCAGGUCGAUCUAUCCUGUUCAUAGGGGACGGAAGCCUCCAAAUGUCAGUUCAAGGUAUCAGUGAUAUCAUCAGGAACAGACUCGACGCGACCAUCAUCGUCAUCAACAACAAUGGCUAUACGGUCGAGCGAUAUAUUCACGGAUUCAACGAAAGCUACAACGACAUCCAGCCAUGGAGAUAUACCCAGGCCCUGAGCUUUUUCGGAGCGCCUCUCGACGAUCCCGAAUACCCUGUGAUAGCGGAGCAGGCUAAGAAUUGGGGACAGCUGCGAAGUGUAUUGGCACGCGAGGAUGUACAAAAGGGCAAAGGCUUGGCUCUAAUAGAGGUCUAUAUGGACUUGGAGGAUGCUCCGCUUCCUCUUAAGAAUUUUGCCGUCUAUAUGGCUAAUAGGAAUAGAACGAAUGGGAAACAUUAG